AUGGAAAAUAAACUUGAGAAAGCCGAGGCGUUGAGAAAUCAACGCCGCGGCCAAACCAUGAAGCUGCCAGACUUGGCGAGCUGGUUUUCCGAGUGGCCGUCGGAUGCGAGCGAGCACCAAGAAGAGCUCCGUCUAUUCAUCGGUAAGCAAGCUGAGAGUGUGAUUGACGAUGAAAGAAAGAUACGUGGCGUCAAAAAGUGUAACUUUGCUUGGUUCACCGCAUUAUGUUAUCGUGAGACAGGAUGGACCGAUCUCCAAACUGUAGCACUCUUUGUCCUCUGGAUCUUUGUUUGGGACGACGAGAUUGACACUGGCGAGUCCGCCUACUCCACGGAUCUCAAUCUGGCUCAGACCUACAGACAACAAUCACUCGACUUCGCUCGCUGGUGUCUCGAUCAACAAGAGUCUAGCCUUCCCCCAUUCCUUGCCAAGUUCCCCGUUGUAUCUCGCAUCUACAAAGGAUUGCUCCGCUUCUUCUGUCAGGGCACGGCCGACGAGAAACCAACUUGUUCCGUUGCCUCGAUGAAACUUUUCCAAGAAUGGGCGUUUACGCUUCGCACCCAUAUGGAUGCCAACCAACUUUCUCGCCUAUUCAAAGAAGUCGAACGAUACAUCACUCAAUGCGGCAUGGAACAAGAAGAACGCAGUGCUGGCAAGGUCCCUACUCCAGACGAGUAUAUGGAAAUGCGCAUGGGCAACUCCGGGGUUUACAUUGCUUGUGCCUUUCACGAAUACUUUAUCAAGUCACACUUGCCCCAAUGGUUGAUGAACUCAACAGAGAUGACCAAUCUCUGGCGCUUGACGAAUAUUCUUCUAGUGCUUAUCAAUGGCAUACUGUCUCUUAAGAAAGAAAUAGUGGAGGGCAACAUUAUUAGUAUCAUCCCAGUCAAGUUCCACGCCAAUGGGAAUUCCGGCCUUAAUCAAGUCGUCGAGGAGGCUCUGAAUGAUAUCAAACUUGAAAUGAAAGCGUUUGACGAGACCGCCAGCAGUCUGAAUAAGCUAACGAGCGAUGGUCCCUUUAAUAAGCAAACAAUGCAGUUUGUUAGCUAUUGCCGUAGAUCGGUUACUGGAACUCUGACUUUUACGAUGAGGUCAGAUCGUUACAGGGUUAAUGAGUACAUACGGGAAGAUGGAUCUAUGCACAUUGUUCUGUAG